CAGCGGAGCGAGCGCUUGCUGAUUUCCAUUCAACAUCAGCCCGAGCUCGCCGUGCCAUCAACAAAGCAUCAUCGCUGGAGCUAUGGGAAUAAAUGCAGCCGACAUUGAUGACCAGUCGCUUCUUCCUUACUAUUUGAAGCCUGUCGACUUGGUGAAAGUGUCCGCAAGGUUUCUGCAGUGGUGGAGUCGCUGGUGCCAGUAAAAUAAAUCGGCGGCCGUCCGUAUGGAGGGGUGGUUGCCGAUUCUAGCGCAGUAGAAGUGCGUCGAGCGGGGCAGUGGCACAAUGCGGAGUGAGGCGGCUCGCCACAAAAACACGGUAAAAUGAACCAGUGUGCGAGCUAUGGACGCCUGGCAGCUCCAGCAGUGGCCACCAGCAAACUCUUUACCGCCUAGCCCUGCUAGCAAUGGGAGCUUUUAGCUUGUUGUGGUGCUUUCUUCCCUCUCUCGUAGCUUGGUCCGCAGCGACGAUGCAUUGGAGCAUUCUGACGCUGCUGUUUGUGUUGCUUGGUGACAUUACAGCUCAAGUAGAACCCAUUCCAAAGGCUGCUCUAUCUCAUUCUGGUAAAUACUUUCACCAUGAUCGUGCAACAGGGGAAAAAAUUUCCUGUAAUAAGUGCCCUGCAGGCACCCACGUGGCACAACAUUGCACAUCAUCAACAUUGCGUGUCUGCAGCCCCUGUAAAAAUGGCACUUUCACUAAACAUGAGAAUGGCAUUGAUCACUGUCACACCUGCAGGUCCUGUGCGGCCCCGAUGAUUGAGAAGUUCCCAUGUACUGCCUUUUCUGACCGUGAGUGCACUUGCCCACCUGGUACUUUUCUGUCUAACAAAAUCUGUGUAGUGUAUACAGUUUGUGCAAUUGGUUUGCGUGUGAAGAAGAAGGGAAGUGAGACAGAAGAUGUCAAGUGUAAACCAUGCCCUCGUGGCACUUUCUCUGAUGUGCCUUCCAGUCCGAGGUGCAAAACACUCACUAAUUGUUCAGAACAGGCUCUGGUGAUCUUAGAACCAGGAAACCGAGAAAGGGAUAACGUCUGUGGCUUACCAAGCACAACUCGGGGUACAACUACCAACCCAUCAAGCACAGAGUCAACUCGCCACAACACUGGAGUACUGCCUGAUGCCCCCACUCCAUCAGGUAUUCCUAAUGAAUUAAGCACCACUGCUACAUCUACAACCACAAAUUUACACAGUGGAGUGACCAAAGAAGCACAGCUUUGGCAUUCUCCUCAUUUACGCUCAAAUUCAGCUCUGUCAGCUUCAAUGAAUUUUCAGCCAGUAAUGGAAACCUCAAAAGCUGGUGUUAAUUUCAGACGUCCCAGGAAAGGCCCACCAAGGCCAAGCGCACAUAAGCACUUUGACAUAAAUGAGCAUUUACCGUGGAUGAUCGUUCUCUUUCUGCUGUUGGUGCUGGUGGUGACAGUAGUCUGUAGCAUCAAGAAAAGCUCCCGUGUGCUGAAGAAAGGCCCCAAACAAGACCCCAGCAGCAUUGUUGAAAAAGCUGGUCUCAAGAAGCCUAUUUCCCCUACUCCAAAUAAAGAAAAGUGGAUUUACUAUUAUAAUGGACAAGGUGUCGACAUUCUGAAACUUGUGGCAGCUCAGAUUGGUAGCCAGUGGAAGGACAUAUAUCAGUUUCUCGCCAAUGCAGCUGAACGAGAAGUAGCAGCUUUCUCCAAUGGAUAUUCAGGAGAUCAUGAACGAGCGUAUGCAGCCUUACAACACUGGACAAUUCGAGAUCCUGAAGCCAACCUGGCAAAACUCAUUAGUGCUCUUCGCCGCUACAAGCGCAAUGACGUGGUGGAAAACAUCAGGGGACUAAUGGAAGAUACCUCCCAGCUGGAUCUUGAGAAGCUUGUUCCUGUUCUCAGCAGCAAAAAUGGCAUUACUCCAAAUCCUGCUGUUCCCAACACAACAAUUGAGCCAUCUUCAGCUGACAAAACAAAAGUGUUUUUUGUUGAUGAAUCAGAGCCCCUCCUUCGCUGUGACUCAACUUCCAGUACUUCAUCUUCAGUUCUCAGCAGAACUGGAUCUUUCAUUUCCAAAGAGAAGAAAGACACCAUUUUACGGCAGGUACGUUUGGAUCCUUGUGACCUGCAGCCUAUAUUUGAUGACAUGCUUCAUAUUCUUAACCAAGAGGAGCUUGGAGUGAUAGAAGAGAUUCCACAUGCAGAGGACAAGCUGGACAAGCUCUUCGAGAUUGCUGGAGGGAAGAGUCAGGAUGCCAGCCAGAAACUCCUGGACUCUGUUUAUAGCCACUUACCUGACCUCCUUUAAUCUUGUACAGCAUUGUAUGUGAUUGAUCAUACUUAUUGAUGGUGGUUAUGGCUGGUCAGUGCCAGUAAUAUAAAACAAAGCUUGAACUUGCUCAGGCUAUAUGUGGCAUUUAGCCCAUCAAAGUGAUGAUAUUCUUGGGUCAUUCACUUUGUACUCUGGAAUUGGAAACUUGCUUCCACUGUUAGAAGCAUGGCAUCCAUCUGGCAUGUAGAAGCCAGUAAUUUGGUCCUCCUUUCAUUGUUUAUUUUCGUUAACUGAAAUAUCAUUCCGAGGCAAAUUGUGUGCACUUUUUAUAUUUACUGUAUUUAACUGAUAUGGGUUAUUCUGUGUACUCAUGCACUAACUUUUAAACAAUUCCUGAAGUAAACUUGGAAUAGUGAUGUCUUCUAUGGGGCCUGCUUUGAUUUGUUUUUUUUCUCCUUAACUGCGCUGAAGUCUGGUCGCUAAGUGUUCACUUUCUGCUUUUAAUGCAAAAAUGAUUUUUAUUUUGUUUUUCCAUGUAGGUUGCUCUUGAUCUUUUAUUGACUUGUUUUACUUUAUGCUGUUGAAAUGGCUGCAGAAGUAGCUCUGAUCCACAAAAUGAUGCAUAAAAUCAGAGCUUUAAUAAUCAACAUAGUUCUUGAAGCAAGCUGUCGUACCAGUUAACUUUAACUUUUACACGUAUUUUCAGUGGCUGUUUAAACAGGGGAUAAAAUGGAAACUGACUAAAACUGCUAUGUAGAAUACUAUGAAAUGAUUCCAGGAUAUUGUAUUAAAUUGUCAAAGCUGGUGGAAUACUAUUCAUGAGAGAAACUAUUUUGUGGUUAUAUUUCCAAAAGAGGAAAUGUUGACAAGUUGCUUCAUCAGUUGGGAUGAUAUAGCUGGUUAUAUGUCGAGCAGAACUGGUGCUCGAAUGCAGAUCUUUUGACAACUUUAACGGUACUAAUACUGUCACCUACUACUUGCUGUUUGCGAAAGAGAACAAAACUAUUUUUAGCAAUCUGCUCAACAAAGGUGGGAAAGGAUAUGCUUGUUUUGGUAUUUUUUUAAAACUACUUGGAACAAGUCUGUUACUGGUCUAGGAUGAUACUAAUUUAUUCAGGGUACAAAUAAUUGAGUGUUUAUUACUAUUAUCUGGCAAAGUCAUGCUGCAUUUAAUUCCACUCAAUAUAUCAGCGAUGUAAACUGUUAACAAGAUGCACCCUAAUAAAAGUUCAAACUGCUUUUUUUUCCACAA